AGCUCUCACGAAUUCCCACCAAUUGCCUUUCCUCUCUACCACUACGAGCUAAUUGGUAUGUUCCCAAUACACGUGUCUCGCUGAGAAUUAGCUGGAGGUCUACCACGGGCUUCACUGCAAUGCGCGUAGUGUGGCACAUUACCCUCGCUCAGGUUCGGGCAGCUUCUGCAAGAGCAGGGUUGGGACUUUACCCAAGGCGCAGUUUUGGUCAUUCACGCCUCAAUAACGCGCAAAAAGCCUUCGUCAAGACAGAAGAUUAUCCUGUUGAAGUCAUUAGAAAUUUUUCUAUCAUUGCCCACAUUGAUCACGGGAAAUCUACCCUUGCUGACAGGUAUGAAUAUCUCAAACGUUUGUGAUUCACAAUACCGAAAUGUUACUAGAUUACUUGAACUCACUGGGACAAUUGCAAAAAAGGUGUCUGGUAAAAAUGAGCAAGUUCUCGAUAAAUUGAAAGUGGAAAGAGAUCGUGGCAUUACAGUCAAGGCUCAGACUGCAACCAUGAAACACGAACACAAUGGCAAACGACAUUUGUUGAACCUCAUAGAUACACCAGGACAUGUCGAUUUUGCUUGGGAGGUUAGUCGGUCACUCGCUGCUUGCCAGGGUGCACUGUUACUGGUAGAUGCCAGCCAAGGGGUCCAAGCGCAGUCAAUAUCCGUAUUCCAUAUUGCUCGAGAUCGUGGCCUUACUAUCAUCCCCGUGUUGAAUAAGAUCGAUUUACCUGCUGCCCAACCAGAGUUGAUCGCGGCACAGAUGCAGUCUACAUUUGGUAUAAACCCCGAUGACAUUCUCCCUAUCUCUGCAAAAACCGGUAAAGGAGUGGAUGCAGUAUUGCGUGCUGUGGUGGAACGUAUUCCUUCUCCCCCAUCCACUGACAUCAAGUCACCUUUGAAGGCUUUUCUAUUUGACUCCUUAUACGACCGCUACAGAGGUGUUAUAUCUUUAAUCAGUAUACAACAGGGUAUUCUAAGGAAGGGCGACAAGAUUCAAUCAUGCCAUACACGGAAGCGAUAUGAGGUGACAGAGAUAGGAAUCAUGCAUCCUGAGGAGGUCCCUACCAACAGCCUGCACCCGGGACAAGUUGGAUACAUAGCUUGUAAUAUGAAAGAAUCUUCCGAAGCUCACAUCGGCGAUACUUUACACCGCGUAGGAGACGCUGUCGAGCCGAUGCCAGGUUUCAAGUCUUCAAAGGCCAUGGUUUUUGCUGGCGUUUUCCCGGUCAAUAGUAAUGAUUUCCCGAAAUUAGAAGAAUCUAUCAAGAGGCUCACUUUGACGGAUCGAAGUGUCACUGUACAAGGAGAAUCGUCUUCCGCUCUCGGUCAGGGUUCAAGAUUGGGUUUCCUCGGAACUUUACACAUGGACGUGUUCAGGCAGCGACUCGAAGAUGAAUAUGACGCCAACAUCAUAAUUACAGCACCAACAGUCCCUUACAAAGUCAUCUACAAGGAUAACAAGGAAGCAUACAUCAGCAACCCGACAGAGUUUCCCGAUGCGAGUGAUCCCAGUUCUAAAGUCAAAGAGAUACAAGAGCCUAUAGUCAGGGCAUCUAUUAUCGUUCCUGCAGAAUACUUUGGAGAGAUGAUGGACUUGUGUUUCUCGCAUAGAGCGGAGGAGCUUGACCAUCGUUAUUUAGACACAGGCUCGGACUCUUCCUCAUCACGAAUCAUCCUCAAAUGCGUGCUUCCCUUAAGCGAGAUAGUCAUGGACUUCUUUGACCAGCUCAAGAGUCGCAGCUCGGGUUUUGCUAGCUUCGAUUACGAGGACGCUGGAUAUCAACGGAGUGAUCUAUCAAAGAUGUCGUUUCUUCUCAACGGCAAACCAGUCGAUGCGUUAGCAUUGAUUGUACACAAAUCAGCACAGGAAAAUGUAGGCCGUGCUUGGGUUAAGAAACUUCACAAAGUGAUACCCCGACAACUUUUCGAAGUUCCCAUUCAAGCUGCGAUUGGGAAGAAGGUAAUCGCGCGCGAGACGUUGUCUGCGAUGCGAGCAGAUGUCACAGCAGGCUUGUAUGGGGGACACUACGAGCGGAAGAUGAAGCAUCUAGAGAACCAAAAGGAGGGUAAGAAGAGGAUGAAACGCAUCGGAACCGUUGAUCUACCUCAAGAGGCAUUUUUUGAUAUCCUUAGAAAGUAGAUAUGACUCUUGCCCAAAG